AUGAACCUGUUAAUCAUUUUUCUAUCAAUAAUUUCUCAAUUUUCAAUUGUUUCAAUUGAAUUGGUUAAAAAUCAAAAAUAUCCUGUAAAUUUGUCACUUUAUUGUGAUAUCAAAAAACAUUGGGAUAUUCAUUUGUUUUUCACAAAUGAUCGAGAUCACAGACAAUAUCGACAUGAAUCGCAUUAUAUUGCUGACUCAAAUUGGUUUAACAAAACAUAUUUGUUGUCGGUAGAUGAGGUUAGGAUUGUGAAAAAAAGGAAACAGACAGCGCAGCGCGACUGCAACGCUUCCAAAUCUUUUUUUUCACGAAAAUGAAAACGUAAUUUCAGAUGUUGGCAGAAACUCGAAAAAUAGACAUAGCUCACAAUUGUAAUAUGGAAGGAUUUGGUCCAUGGAGAAGAGGUCAAAGAAAUCUGCACGAUAAACAAACCAGAAUCACCAAUUUCGGAUAUCUUAGCACACCAGGUUCUACUAAUUUCACUUAUUCUAAAGUGGGAAUCGAAUUCAACCUGACAUGUUAUGCUAAACUUGAUUGGUAUGUUGAAGUCUAUUAUUCAAAUUCGAAAGAUGUUUCAAGUAUUGCCGAUGAACAAAUCCAAGUGAAAAAUUCCAGUCACUUCUAUUUCAGACGGAAUUUUAAGAAGAAUGUGAGUAUUUUAUUGAUUUUUUCAAAAAUGACGGGUUUUGUUAAGCCAACACACAUCGGAUUUAUUCACAAUUGCAGUUCAAAUCCAAAAAUACCUUAUAGAAAAGUUCCAAAAACAGAAUACACCGAGAAAAUGAAUUUGACAAACAAAGGUUUGAUAAUGACAACUGGGUUUAAAAUUAUUCCACUUAACCAAGUCAUAUUUCAUUUAUAUUGUGGUUUGAAAACCAAAUGGUAUGCUGAUAUUGAAUACUGGAAUGAAUAUAACCAUAUAUAUUUAUACAAAGAACGAGUUCAAGCUGAAAAUAGCAAUGGAAUCGAUUUUGUUCGAAAUUUUUAUGGAAAAGUUUUAAAAGUUUUUUUUCAAAAUGUUUGAAGAUAUAUCGAUUUUCAGCCAGCUAAAAUCGCAUUCCAACACGAUUGCACUUCUGAUCCGCAAGAUCGUAGAAUGAUUGUUCACAAGACAAAAUUCAAACCGUACUUCGAUUUGACUGAGAAUGGAUCAAUAGACACGAUUGAUUACAGUUACAGCUCGAAAUGA